GAUUUUUGUUUAGUUCUAAGAUGUAUGUGCAACAGGUUUUACUUUUGUUUCAUUGUUAUUCAACACUGAUGGAAAAUAAAGAACGAGUUGUAAUCUAAUUAUAAUGCAACUCUGUUAAGGACUUUAAACCUAAAAGAAAUGUUCUUUUUCGAUUUAAUGAGGCCCAGUUAUAUUUAUCUUUGUUCUGUCAUUACGUUUUAAAUCAUAACAACAAAAUGGGAACGUAUUAAACAUUUAAAAAUGGUUUCCACAUUACUGUGGUUAGUGCGCAGGUGUAGUGAGGCUGACCAAUAGGAAACGAGCAUGUGAAUCGGACCAAACAUCGAUGAGGAAGCGAAACAAACAACACAGAAGCCAAUAGUAUACUUCCACCGUGAAGCAGCAUGGCAAGGAGGCAUGUCCUGUCAGUAGGAGGUGCAGCCUCCAGCUCGUGGGCAAAACGGCCAAUUAGAAAGAAGAUUAUCAGACAACAACCAAUCCCAGAGCAAGCAUGGUUAGUAUUGCAACUACUUCCAUUUGGGGUCGGCGCUGUGAUUGAACGUAGUGAUGAAUUAGAACCAAAAUGGCCGUCACUGAUUCCCGGUGGCAGACAAGAGCGCCUACCAAUGGUGAUUGACGGCUAGAUUAGCCAAUAGUCCUUUGAGAUGAUUUGUGAUGUCCAGUAUCCAAUCAGGUAGCGGCACACGGCUGAUAUUGGCAGCGGAGAAGAGUAUAGUAAGCUAGCCGUCGUCCAGAUCAACAAGGCUGUGUUUUGGAGGCAGUUUAAUAAACACCCACUGCUUGUCAGCUGAUGCUAGUCGCAGCUUGCACUCCCUCAGUGACGUGUCACGCGAAACCAGGGAUAAACCAGCACAAAACUAGCCGAGCCACACUGAACCCUGGGUCGCUUUGGGUGGAUGAAUUCGUCGAAGUGAACUUUUAAAGGCAGCUAGCUUUUUUAAUGCAUUUCGAGACAGGGCGACUCUGACAGCUGAACAAGACAGGAACCUCCUCGACUCUCGACCUUUAUACAAAAGAAGCGAGCCAGGAAAAUACAUUUUACUCUUUUAAAUUGAUAAUUAAGCCACUUUUAGACAAACAAAUUAUAAUUGAGAAUCUCGCUUCUUUUCAUUUUUUACCAAUUACGCCAAAUUUUUCGACCAAUGUUUUUCGUUUUUGAAAAGCUGCUUUAAACAAACGGGACGAAUUAUUUAGCUUUAUUAAUUUAAAGUAAUUUUCUUCGUUAUUUUAAAGGGACAAACUAACCUACAGUUGUUGGACAAGUGUUAGCAUUUGCCAGGCUAACAUAAACCCCUGACAACCACUAAGGCUUCUCUCUGUGGCUGGUGCUGCGUUCACGGGGCACUUGAUUUAUAUAUUGCCCGUGUUAAAAACUCUUAACGACUUACCAAAUUUAAUUUUGUUAAACAAACAUUAGACACUUAAACUCAGAGCUGAGCCAACGCUUGGACCUGAAGCCAGUCGUGUGUGUGUAAGUGUGUGUGUGUGCGUGUGCAGCCACGGAAUUCCCUUAUCACCGGAUUGUUAUUUUAUCAGUGUUAUAUUGCGGAAAAUGGCGGCGGUCGGAAUGGUGCAGAUGUUGAUCGAAGCAGCCGAGUUUCUUGAUCGCAGGGAACGAGAAGCUGAGCAUGGCUAUGCCUCCAUGCCACCUUUUGUCAGCAGUCGAGAGAGGGAGAGCUUGAAAAGGAAAAGCAAAAGCAAAAAAAAUACAAGUAGCAGGUCUUCGCAUAAUGAAAUGGAGAAGAACAGACGGGCACAUUUACGGCUUUGUCUAGAGCGACUGAAAUCUCUUGUUCCCUUGGGACCGGAGGCUAACAGGCACACCACCCUCAGCCUGUUGAUGAAGGCCAAAGAUCACAUCAAGAGGUUGGAGGAGAGCGACAGAAAAGCUCAGCACGCUUUAGAGCACCUACAGCGGGAGCAGAGACAUUUGAGGAGGCGCCUGGAGCAGCUCGGGGUGGAGAGAAUCCGCACAGACAGUACCGGCUCCACUGUGUCCUCGGAAAAGUCGGACUCAGACCAGGACCUGGAUGUAGACGUGGAGGGGACAGACUACCUGCUGGGUGACCUGGAGUGGAGCAUGAGCAGCAUAAGCGACUCAGGAGAUGAGCGAGGCAGCCUGCGUAGCAGCUGUAGUGAUGAGGGCUACUCCAGCGCCAGCCUGCUGCGCCUGCAGGACACUCAGGAGAGGGCCAAGCAGCUGGGCUGCAGCCUAUAAAACAGCACUGGUUAACGACCCAGCACCCAACACCCUUCCUUUCCUUUGUCUAUUCCGUCCCAACUUGGGUCCUCCUUCCUGCUUACACCUCACCCUUCUGUCUUUUCGUUCUACCUUCCUUGCCCUUUCUUUUUUUCCCUCUUCACUACGACUGACCAAGUCGAAGGAUCCUCCUCCCACGACACCCGCCUUUAUCUAGUUUGCCAUCAGGGGUCAGUCUAAAUGGGUGUUGCUCAUUCUGCUCUGCACCAAUCAAAAGAGUGAGAAAUGUAAUGUAGGCACUCCACCUCAUUCACACCCCAUCUAAUCUGUCGAAACCACAACUUUCAGCCAGAGAAUGUUACCACACAAUAUCCCACUGCCUCUGUUUCUAUGCCUCAGCCAUAGGAAGAACUUCAAUAGAUUUCACCCCUAUUACACACACAUGCACACAUUCCCUUGUGCACAAACAUUAACACAGGCUCACACACCCUCUAGCACAUAUAUUAAUACAGACACACAGCUCUCCAUCACUCCUAGUUUUCCAACAAGACAAAGUUGUCUCUGAGGAGAUGCUGUCAUGAUAUGUUCACUAGACAACCAUCUGUGCAUGGUAAUUUGCACUUGAAAGUUUUGGUCAACAAGAACUGUGUUGACUUUUUUCAAACUUAUAUCUUAAAGACAAAGAUAAGCAGUGAUUGUUGCCGUGAGUGAGUGUUUGACAUCUGUCAGUUUUCUGCCCCCUGCUGUGUGGUGCAGCAGACUCUGUUGAUACUACAUCCAAAUCUUCGGGGGCCUGCAGCAAUAUGUCCUUUAGCAGCCAGGUUUUUGCAGGCAACCUGGUGAUUUACUUGUCAUUUCUAUGUCUUAGCCUGAAGCUCAAAUGCGAAAAUACGAUAAAAAAAAAAAAAAUUGUGCAGCAUGAGAUUGUGAAGGAGCCUGGGGUUGUGGGAAGCUGGGGGGUUGAGGGUGGGGUUAGGGUUAGGGUUAGGGUUAGAUGUUUUCUGCUUCUCUCUCUGUCUAUCUCUCUCUGAUGACAGCGUUUUUUUAAACAGCAUCUUUUUUAUCUAACGUGUGUUUGUCACAAGAAAGUUUGGACACUGUUGAUCACCAGCCACAUUUUUGGCAGGUGCUGGUACAUUUUUGUACAAUGUCAUUACUUUACUGCCCUGUUGGCCCAGACAUUCGAGGGAAGGGAAGAGAAGGGAAGAAGGCAUCUACCAUGAGCAGUCGAGAGACUGGAGCACAUUCCACGAUGUAGAGACAGGACGGGUGGGUGAGCCUCAGAGCAUCGCUUCUCACAAGUCGAUGUUCCUGCUAGUGCUUCACACAGAGUGGGGCUCAGUUUGAGUGCAGGGUGAGUUGCCCAGCAGAAUAACUAGUGUUGACUUUUCAGUGGGAAUACACUUUGUUCUUGUAUUCAGCUCCGAAAAGCACAACCUCCCCCCUCCCCCCCCACAUAUUUUCACUCCUUUGUCCUGCCUUGAUAGCUAUUUAUUGUUUCUGCAAAAAAAUAAACAUGUAAAUGUAAAUAGUUUACAGAAAGAACUCUAUGUCUAUCAGCAAAUGUAUUUAUUACAUAUACUAAAUAUAUAGAUUAAUAUAAAUACAUACAAAUAUAUUUAAUUAGUCCUAGCCCAUGUUCUUCUUGUGAGGUUUACAAAAAUGUUCAUACAUGUAGUUUGUUUGCAGAGUUUAGUCACGCUAUAGAAAACAUUUAGAGACGUCUAUUGUGCCUCGAGGGUUUUGUGUCUGCUCAGAAAUCUGCACAGUGCUAUUUGCGAAUAAUUAUUUUUCCCCUGUGAUUUAUUCUUAUUCUGUUUUAAAGCCAUCUUGCCCUAUUAGCGAGAGAUAAUAGAACAAAAAAAAUAUUGAAAAGUUCUAAAAAUGUUAAUUUAAAAAAGUGUAAAAGUAAGAGGAGCUGGCAGGCAGUUGGACAGCAGAGAUGUAUCUGGCUCAUUCUUUGGUGAAACCAGCUCAUAAUUGAUUGGAAGAACAAGAACUCUGCCUUUGCUUGUUGGUUUGAGAACCCUAUCCAUGAGAUAGUAACCUGUUAGAUGGAUGUAGAGCAAAGGUGGGAUUGAAGCCUAUGGAUGUGCACACUUCACCUGUCGCCAGUAAAUCUAUAAGCAUGAAGAUGGUAGACCAAAAAAAAAAA